AUGACAAUGUAUACUGCUGUCAAAAACGUUAAAUCUAUUAUUCCCCUCCUAGAUCGCGUACUUGUACAACGCAUUAAACCACAACAAAAAACUGCUGCUGGUAUUCUGAUUCCUGAAAAAUCAUUAGAAUCACUGAAUGAAGGAAAAGUUAUAGCAGUAGGUAAAGGAGCUCUUGAUAAGGAUGGAAAACACAUUCCAAAUCAAGUAAAACCUGGGGAUCGUAUUCUCCUCCCAUCAUAUGGUGGGAGUACUAUUAAAAUUGAAGAAGAGGAUUACUCUAUCUUUAGAGAUUCUGAAAUCUUGGCUAAA